GGGGCCCGAAUCUGGGGGUGUUCACGGUUACGGUCGCUACUGUGGCCUAGGCGGGGAGUGCAGAGCGGGUUCUAGCUCUUGAAGUUUCCCGGGAAGCGAGAGCGUGUGGGGAACGGAGCCCGGGAGUUCUGGAAACUGCCGUCUCUCGAUGUGGGUUUUAUUGUGACUACUGCGACACAUACCUCACCCAUGACUCUCCAUCUGUGAGAAAGACGCAUUGCAGUGGUAGGAAACACAAAGAGAAUGUGAAAGACUACUAUCAGAAAUGGAUGGAAGAGCAAGCCCAGAGCCUGAUCGACAAAACAACUGCUGCAUUUCAGCAAGGAAAGAUUCCUCCUACUCCAUUCUCUGCUCCUCCUCCUGCAGGGGCCAUGAUUCCACCUCCCCCUAGUCUCCGAUAUGGUAUUCAUGACAUCGCAAGCGGGUCUGAGACAAUUCACUGGAAAGCGGGUCCUCCUCGCCCCGGUAUGAUGCCAGCACCCCACAUGGGGGGCCCUCCCAUGAUGCCAAUGAUGGGCCCUCCUCCUCCUGGGAUGAUGCCAGUGGGACCUGCUCCUGGAAUGAGGCCGCCUAUGGGAGGCCACAUGCCAAUGAUGCCUGGGCCCCCGAUGAUGAGACCUCCCGCCCGUCCCAUGAUGGUGCCCACUCGGCCGGGAAUGACACGGCCAGACAGAUAAGGAGAGACGGGAGCCUCUUUAUACCCACUUUAUAUUACUUGUUCUGCUUCACCAGGAGAUCAUGGUGCUGUGACACUGGGUGUUUUCUAACAGCAUGACAAGGAAGACUGGCUCCCCCUUCCUAUCAAACAGAAUAGUUUUUGCAAGGGAGUAGUGGGACAAACAAAAAAAAGAGAGA